GGGCUGUGGGGUUGGGACAUUCCUGGUUUGACGACCAGCCUCGGCUCUGCCAUGAUUUGCUGAGCAACUCGACACUGCCUUCAAAGAUGCGAGUGUUUGAGACGGAGAAGUUACAAUAACGGGACAGACAGACAGACAGAGGGAGAGAGAGACACUGUCUUUGAACGCAACACGCUGGGACUUCUUUUUUUUUUACAAUCCAAACGUACGGACUCCAAACUUCCCCUGGAGAAAACUCUCCGGUGGAGACCAGAGGGGGAAGUCGUCGCACCUUGGCCCCAGAAUCCUGCGCUGCUCUGCGGCUCUCGAUAACUCUCGCCACCCCCCUCUCUUCUCUCCUCCACCACCACCGGCUGAUUUCAUGUCCCCGCCGUCGCCUCGCACUUUUAGCCCGUGUCUAAUGGAGGGCCCGGUGCGGAUUUGCCACCAGAAGAAUGCGUCUUGCUCCUAACUCAGCCGAGGACUCGCAGCGUUUACGCUCCUGCUGCACGAGAGGUUUGCCAAACAGACGGAAGUGUACGUGCUGGACGACACGGCUGCUGACAGGGGUCAAAGUGCACCAUGGACAGUGGCCUAAGGGUCCUCCUGUCCACUUUGCUGUGUCUCAGCCAGACUCUGCUUAUCAGCUGCUCAUCUCAGUAUCCGUCUUUCAGCUCUGAGCCGUCCUCCCUGGUUCAGAACCGAGGCUCCGCUGCUCGCCUGCGCUGCUCGGCGAAUCCCCCGUCGGCCACGGUGUCCUGGCGCUUUCAAGGCCUUCUCCUGGAGCGGGACACUCUGCAGCCCGGUGUGCAGCUCAGCGGAGACUCACUCAUCAUCUCCUCGCUACAGUCCAGCCACGCGGGCGUCUAUCAGUGUGUGGCACGCUUACAACAUGGGCCGGCCGUCGUCAGUCGCCUCGCGCGCGUGGACGUAGCAGAGAUCUCGCAAUAUGAAGAUGGCCGACGGCGGUCGUUGUCGGUGCAGGAAGGCAGCACGGCUCUUAUAGAGUGUCCUCUACCGCACAGUGUCCCUCCAGCGCUGCCCAGACUAAGAGUACGAGGGGAGUGGAUGGACACGUCAACAGAUGACUAUUUAGUUCUCCCGUCUGGAAACCUUCAGAUUAUCUCCGUGUCGGCCCAGCACCAGGGCAUGUACAAAUGCGGCGCAGUCAACCACGUCACCGGGGAAACCGUCAUGCAGUCUCACGGUACAAAGCUGCUGGUAAAACAUUUAGUCGCCUCCUCCUCGGUGCGGAUAGUUUAUCCCACUGCUCCGACGACCGUCGAGGCGCGGCAGUCCGAGCCGCUGACGCUGGAGUGCGUCGUGUCUGGCGUUCCCACACUGCCGGCCAAAUGGUUUAAGAACGGGAACCAGGUGACGCCAGGGCCGUCACACCAACAGCGGCACAACAACCUGGUCUUUGGUGCGGUGGCGAACGGCGACGAGGGGAGUUACAACUGUGCGGCUGAGACCAAGCAGGGGAUUGUGACGAGCGCAAAAUACACUGUGAAUGUUCUUGAGCCCGUGUCUGUCGUGAAGGGCCUGAACGACCAGCUCGUCUCCGCUGGCUCCUCUGCUUAUUUCACCUGCUUAUCGAAAGGAAAACCCUCCCCAAACGUCACGUGGCUCUUCAACGCUGAUCCCAUCACGCCAUCGCGCCGCUUUCGGCUCUCCGAGUCCUCGCUUCUCAUCACAGACGUGACACCACAGGAUGUAGGCGUGUAUCAGUGUCUGCUGGACAACGGGAUUAGCUCGGCACAGUCGUGCGGAAUGCUAACAACACAGCCAGAUCCACACUUGGACUCCACCGCUGCUGCUGUGCUGCUGGAGCCUUCACCGUCCUCCCAUCCCAUGCAAAGCGACGAGGGCCACGACGGAGGCGACGGCGACACGGCGCCUGAUCGCAGCGGCGACCGUCCGAUUCCCGAGGCGCCAAUCAUCAUCAGCCCGCCGCAGACUCACAAGCCUGACGUGUACGAUCUUGAGUGGAGGGCGGGGCGCGACGGCGGCAGUCCAAUCGUCGCCUAUUUUGUCAAAUACCGUAAGGUCGAUGAAAUGGGAACAGUGGUGGGGAGCUGGCACACCGUCCGCGUCCCUGGCAGCGAGAAGACCCUGCGGCUGUCGGAGCUCGAGCCCUCCAGUCUCUACGAGGUGCUGAUGGUGGCUCGGAGUACGGCAGGCGAAGGCCAGCCAGCCAUGCUCACGUUCCGCACGGGCAAGGAGAAGAGCACCUCCUCCAACAAGAACCCUUCCAAGCCUCCCGUCGUCUUGAUGCCCCCCAAAGUUCCGGAGGACAAAAGCCCCAACACGCACUUUGGAGUCAUCAUACACGACCGAGUUCCCGAGGCCCCCGAUCGGCCGACCAUCUCCAUGGCAACUGAGAGUUCGGUCUACGUCACCUGGAUCCCGAGAGCCAACGGCGGCUCUCCGAUCACGGCCUUCCGCGUCGAGUACAGACGAGGUCGCGUGGCAGAUUGGAUCGUGGCUGCAGAUAAUAUCUCUCCUCUCAAGCUGUCGGUGGAAGUUCGUAAUCUGGAGCCUGGCUCCACCUACAAGUUCCGCGUGGUGGCCGUGAACAUGUACGGCGAGAGUCCUCACAGCAUUCCCUCCAAGCUUUACCAGGUGCCACAGGCCAGCCCGCGCAUGUCGGACCGUCCCGUCGUCGGACCCCACAUCUCGUCCACGGACGCCAUCAGCGACACACAGAUCAUGCUGCGCUGGACUUAUAGUCCCUCGAGUAACAACAACACUCCGAUCCAAGGUUUCUACAUUUACUACCGGCCCACCGACAGCGACAAUGACAGCGACUACAAAAGAGAUGUGGUCGAAGGUGUAAAGCACUGGCACCUGAUCGGACACCUACAGCCCGAGACCUCCUACGACAUCAAGAUGCAGUGCUUCAACGACGGCGGCGAGAGCGAGUACAGCAACGUCAUGAUCUGCGAGACCAAAGCGCGUCAGUCCCCCGGGUCGCCCAGUCAGCAUCCCAUCACCCCACCUGGCCCUCAUCCACCGGAGCCGCCCAGUCCUCCUGGAGGCCUCCUGUACCUAAUCGUGGGCUGCGUUUUGGGAGUGAUGGUGCUCAUCCUGCUGGCUUUCAUCGCCAUGUGCCUGUGGAGGAAUCGCCAGCAGCACAACAUGCACAAGUACAACCCUCCCGGCUACCUGCAGCAGCCAACCGAGAUGAACGGUCACGUUCUUGAAUACACCACUCUACCCGGGGGCCCGAGCCGCAUCAACGGCGGUGUCCACGGAGGCUACGGCCACAACGGCCCCAUGUUACCCCAAGGGUGCCACCACCUCCACCACAAACUCCCCAACGGUUUGACGCUGCUCAACGGCAACGGUGGCCUGUUCUCGCCCGGCCACCCACACGGUCACGACGGCACACUGCCCCACACCGUGCGGGACUGCGAGCACUCGCACCCUCACCACCACCACAAUAAUGGUGGAGGCAUGUACACAGCUCUUCCUCAAACUGAGUCCCCUGACUGCAUGAGCUGUCAGAACUUCUGCAAUAACAACAGAUGUUACAACAAGACCAACGGCACUUUCUCCAGUGGCACUCUGCCGCUAAUGCAUCGCGUGGCGCCGUGCCAGCAGGACGGGCUGGAGAUGGUGCCUCUGGGCCAGGUUUCGUCCCGGUGCCAGGGCCCCAACGGCCAAAUGAGCUGUGGGGACCAGGAGGACGAUGGAGGGUACCAGGCACUGGAGCACGGGGAGUCCUCGCCCUCCCAGCAUUCCUGCUGUCUGGUCGGGAGCAAUGAAAACUGUCCGGCAGACAACAACGCGGAGGAGGAGCUGGAGUGUGUGGACAUGGACGGGCCUGUGCUGUGCUGGGAGAGUCUGGGACUGCCAGACUUGGACUGUGACGAAAAGCACGGGUGGAUCUCGAGCAGCAGCCUGGCAGGAGAGCUGAUCCAGCCCGGCCCACAGGAGGUGUGAGCGCAGCGGGCCCACACACACACACAAACAUGCUCCCCUGCAGCGCGGAGACAGACCGGGAGAAAUAUAUAUCGCCG